AAACGAAGCCAAAGAGACACAAGAAGCACAAGCAAUACCCGCGACCCUUCAUCAUGGCCACAGCCCCAGAUGGCAAAGUCUACGUCAGCUACGAUCAGAUCCACACGCUUUGCCAAGUCACAGGUGACAGAAUCCUCGCUGAAUUCAAGCCAGAUCUCAUUAUAGCCAUCGGCGGCGGUGGUUUCAUCCCUGCACGCAUCCUACGGACAUUUCUCAAGGUCAAGGGCGAGAAGAAUAUCCCGAUUCAAGCAAUAGGUCUGGUCUUGUAUGAAGAUCUCGGCUCCGGCGUCGAUGAGCAGAUUGGUGCAGAGGUGCAGCGUGUGCAAUGGCUCGACUUUUCCACACUGGGUGGUGCGACGCUUGCGGGUAAGCGUAUCUUGAUUGUGGAUGAGGUGGAUGACACGAGGACGACGCUGCACUAUGCGCUGCGUGAGCUGAAGAAGGAUGCAAAGAAGCAGGCUGAGCUGAAGGGCGUCGAGGAUGAGACUGAGUUUGGCAUCUUUGUGGUGCACAACAAGCAGAAGCCGAAGAAGGCCGAGCUGGAGGGCCUGAUGGACAUGAAGCGGUACUAUGCAGGCAAACACGUCGGUGACGAGUGGAUCUGCUAUCCAUGGGAGAGCAAGAGUAUCGAGGAGCACACACGGCUUGCGACUGCGUAGGGCCUUUUCUGUCUGUGUACUAUUCGCUGUAGAUAGCAGGUAGGAGAUGCUUCAGGCUAGCUACUGGCUGUAUACUACAUAUACUAGCUACUAGCUACUAGCUGUAUACUACUAGCUACCAGCUGUAUAC